AUGAAGUUCCCAUUCCUGUUCGCACUGCUUUCCAUCUCAGUGGUCCGAGCCAAUCCAACAGGCAAGUGGCCCUGGCGUGUUCUACAAAGCAAACCUGGCCCCCCAGCCAGCUUCAGGGAGGUAGCUGCCUUCAUCAAGCGCCUGGAGGCACGCAACAUCAGCCUGAGCCUGCCCACGCACAUGCUCAGCCUGUACCGCAGUUACAGCUCGGGCAAUUACAGCGGCCUUUCGGCCCACGAACGGCCCGUGUUACCGGAGGCGGAUACCGUAAGGAGCCUGGUGGCAAAAAGUUUCCAUCACAACGGAAGCCGUUGGAUUGUUACCUUUGACAUGUCCAUGCUUGCGGCCAACGAGAAGCUUCAGUUUGCCGAGUUGAGGAUCAGUGUGCCUGCCUUUGCAGAGUCCUGCUCUCUCCUGGAGCUCCACCACCAGUCAGAGUACCCGUGUGGACCUGCUACUUGCCAGGACCAGCUCUUCUUGGGCUCCUUCCCUCCAGCCUCCGUGCUGGAGGAUGCUGAGGGCUGCGCCAUUUACAAUGUCACCAACAUCCUGAGGCACUGGAUCAACCGCAGCAAGCCAAGUGGCAAGGGCAGGCUCACUGGACUCCAGUGGCCAGAGAGCCCAAUCUGCAGAAGCAAGAGGUCCCUCCCCUCCACCAGAAAUGAGGGCAAGGCAGAGACCAAGGAGACGGCGCUGCUGCUGGUGUUUUCCCAGAGACCUGAGCAGAGUUGCUCGGAGAGUUCCUCACUGCUGAAAGAUGCCAACAGCUCCAAGCAUGUGCGGAAGCCCCGUAAGAGAAAGGGAUGCCGGCUGAAGCCAAAGGGCCAUGUGGCAUGCCAACGAAAGAGGACUCGUGGCAGAGGCCGUGGGAAGGGUAGGGCUGAACGCAGUGGAACCCGUAUUCAACGCCGUCCCCGGCAUCACAGUAAGAGCAACAAACCGACCCGAUGCCGGAGAAUCGAUUUUCAGGUCAAAUUUGAUAAGAUCGGCUGGGGUGCCUGGGUUAUCUUUCCAAAGACAUACAAUGCUUUCCGCUGUGAAGGAGAGUGCCCAUCACCAUCUGGGGAGAAUGUCAAACCCUCCAACCAUGCUUACAUGCAGAGUCUGCUCAAAUUCCAUCGUCCCACAGUAGUGCCUGCCCCUUGCUGUGUUCCCAUCAAAAUGAGUCCUAUGAGUAUGCUGUACAAGGAAAACGGUGAGGUGGUGUUGCGUCAUCACGAGAACAUGGUGGUACAAGAGUGUGGCUGCCGCUGAUGAAACCUGCUUUCAUUUCACCACUGUUAAGAAAUCAGCAAGGGCAGUGAUGUACGAUUGAGUGGCUGGGUCUCUGCUGUGAUGCCUCAUCCGGUCAAACUGCCAAAUAGCCAAGUCUGGGUUUGGAGUGGUGUGAAGGUUAAAGACUGGAAUAAUUUCUGUUGAAAGUACCAGUAUAUGGACAGGUUUGGAUUGAACUGUGGGGAUUCCAGCAGUCAAGUAAUACUAUUGUGCAGGAUGAAGACCAUACCUCCAUCAAAUGUAAGGUGUGGGACAAGAGGAAAGGGGAUGGAA